AUGAAGGACCUGUUCUUCCUCCUCCUUGUCCUGCAGCUCCUCGCUGCUGCCACCGCCAUGUACAAGCAGUGGAUCCCCAACACCAACUUUGAAACUGCCUCCAACUGGGAUAAAGGCAGAGUUCCCUGUGCCAGCGACAUCGUUCAUUUUGAGAAGAACAAGGUCAUCUCGGUCUUCGUCAGGUCUCCCCAUGAGCUUACGGACAUGUACCUGCCCCUGAACGGAGAGUUCGUGCUGGCAUCUGGAGCAGGAUUCGCAGCUUCUGACAGCAGCUGGGAUCCAAGCUGUGACUCAGGUGCCACAGUGAGGUUCACCGACGCCGAGCACCGCGCGUGGUUUGACCCCACGCUGUGGCAGGCUGUGCCCAGUGGCAGGGAGCUCGAGCUAAGCAGGCACAUCUUCUCUGUGGAUGAGGAACGUGUCCCGUGCCAGUAUGACGAUGUUGUCUUCUGGCCCGACACCUCCUUCCGGGUAAACAUCGACUCGUCGCAGCAGGAGAUUCAUCUUCGCAGCAUCUCUCUCAUGGGCCAG